AUGGAUAGUGAGGAGAGCUUUGUAGUGUUGGUGCAUUAUAGAGGGUCAAUUAAGAGAAAGACACGCUCCGGUGUGAAGUUUACUGAUAAAGAUCCUCUGAGUAUUUUUAUGAGACCAACGACAAAAUUCGAUGGCUUCUUGAAUUUUAUAAUACAGAAACUUGGGCUACAAGGCGUGAAACGUGUUCAGAAGCUAUUCUACCGCAUUCCGAUCUUAGUGCUUAGAGAUGACAUGAAGUACGAUUCUUUCGUUAUAGGGAGUGACGAGGAUUUGCAGGUCCUGUUCUAUUGUCGUCGCCAGUUUUUCGAGGUCAGGACACCUGAGGUGUUGGUAAAGUUGGUUGAUGUUGUAUCUAGCUUGGGAGGUUCGAACUGGAAUACCCAAACUCUAGGCACCGUAGCUGGUUCAAGCUUGAGACCCGUUGGUACAUGUUCGUCCGUUCUCGUGAAUGCACCUAGGGAGGAGCAUAUGGCGUCCCCGUCGUUCGUCGUUGAUCUCAACUGCAGUGGUGGCGGAGAGGUUGGUAUCGUAGAGAGGGUGCCGAUUUCUUUGCAGUAUGGGACACCGGCUGGGAUCGGUGAUGCAUUGCUGGAUGAUGAUGUGGAGCCUGACCGCAUUGCUGAUGACAGUGGCGAUGACAUUGCAGCGAGUAACCCAGCUGGGGCUGGUGGUGGUUCUAGCUCUGGGACUCAGCAGUACCCUCCGCACUUUUUUCAUUGGACUUGGAUGCCAUGA